CGCGGGCGCGCUCCCCUACCCGAGGAGGCUGCGCUCCCAGGUCUGGGCGGGCGCGGAGCGCUGCACUUCCCUCUCAGAGUCGGGAGCAGCUCUGGGCUUCCGGGCGCGUUGGACUGAAUCACUGCGGCGGAGUCUCCCGGGUCCGUCCCUUGGUAUCUGCGAACCUACCUGGAAUUGGGGAAUCUGUGCCACCCAAAUUGUUUGAUCCGGUGAAUCUGAGAGGAAAGGUCUCUGAGGCCCCCCGCCUGCUGACUGCAUGACAAGCCCUAAAGGAAAUGCCAGUCGUGAUGGCCCGGGACCUGGAGGAAACAGCAUCAUCCUCAGAGGAUGAGGAGGUGGUAAGCCAAGACGAUCAUCCGUGUAUCAUGUGGACUGGAGGCUGCCGGAGAAUUCCAGUUUUAGUGUUCCACGCCGAGGCUAUUCUAACAAAGGACAACAAUAUUCGAGUCAUUGGAGAACGUUAUCAUUUGUCUUACAAGAUUGUGCGAACAGAUAGUCGACUGGUACGCAGCAUUCUGACAGCCCAUGGAUUUCAUGAAGUUCACCCGAGCAGCACUGACUAUAACCUGAUGUGGACAGGAUCCCACCUGAAGCCCUUCUUACUUCGCACCCUUUCUGAAGCACAAAAGGUUAAUCACUUUCCCAGGUCAUACGAGCUAACCCGGAAGGACCGACUGUACAAAAACAUCAUUCGAAUGCAGCACACACACGGAUUCAAGGCUUUUCACAUCCUCCCUCAGACCUUCCUGCUGCCCGCUGAGUAUGCAGAAUUCUGCAAUUCAUAUUCAAAGGAUCGGGGACCAUGGAUAGUAAAACCAGUGGCUUCUUCUAGAGGGCGGGGCGUCUACCUGAUCAACAACCCAAAUCAGAUUUCCCUGGAAGAGAACAUCCUGGUCUCCCGUUACAUUAACAACCCCCUGCUCAUAGAUGAUUUCAAGUUUGAUGUGCGCCUCUAUGUGCUUGUGACUUCCUAUGAUCCUCUUGUCAUCUAUCUCUAUGAAGAAGGACUGGCUAGGUUUGCAACUGUGCGGUAUGAUCAAGGAGUCAAGAACAUUCGGAACCAGUUCAUGCACCUUACAAACUACAGUGUGAAUAAGAAGAGUGGAGACUAUGUCAGUUGUGAUGAUCCAGAAGUGGAGGAUUAUGGGAACAAAUGGAGCAUGAGUGCUAUGCUUAGGUACCUGAAACAAGAAGGCAGAGAUACAACUGCAUUAAUGGCCCACGUAGAAGACCUGAUCAUUAAGACCAUAAUCUCUGCUGAACUAGCUAUUGCUACAGCCUGUAAAACCUUUGUUCCUCAUCGCAGCAGUUGUUUUGAACUCUAUGGCUUUGACGUACUCAUAGAUUCUUCUCUGAAGCCCUGGCUGUUGGAAGUGAACCUCUCUCCUUCUUUGGCCUGUGAUGCACCUCUGGACCUUAAGAUUAAAGCCAGUAUGAUUUCAGAUAUGUUCACUGUUGUAGGAUUUGUGUGCCAGGAUCCUUCCCAGAGGGCAUCCACCCGACCCAUUUACCCCACCUUUGAGUCUUCCCGGCGAAACCCUUUCCAGAAACCUCAGCGUGCCCGGCCACUCUCUGCCAGUGAUGCGGAAAUGAAAAACCUCGUGGGUUCUGCCCGGGAGAAGGUGCCGGGGAAGUUAGGUGGUUCUGUGCUUGGUCUGUCAAUGGAGGAGAUCAGAGUUUUACGGAGGGUAAAGGAAGAGAAUGAUCGGCGAGGUGGAUUUAUUCGCAUAUUCCCUACAUCAGAGACAUGGGAAAUAUAUGGGUCUUACCUUGAACACAAAACCUCCAUGAACUAUAUGCUGGCAACACGCCUCUUCCAGGACAGGGGAAACCCAAGAAGAAGCUUAUUGACAGGAAGAACACGACUGGCUGCUGAUGGAGCACAGGAACUGAAAGUGGAAAGUAUGAAUUCAAAAGCCAAGCUGCAUGCUGCUCUUUAUGAGAGAAAGCUCCUGUCUUUGGAAGUGCGAAAACGUAGACGGCGGAGUGGCAGAUUGAGAGCAAUGAGACCGAAAUACCCAGUGAUUACCCAACCAGCUGAAAUGAAUGUUAAAACUGAGACAGAGAGUGAAGAGGAGGAAGAAGUUGCAUUAGACAACGAAGAUGAAGAACAGGAAGCUUCCCAGGAAGAGUCUGCAGGGUCUCUUGGAGAAAAUCAAGGCAAAUAUACACGCUCAUUGUCUGUUAUGGUAGAAAAUUCACCUAAAGAAAAUGCCAUGAAAGUUUCGGAGUGGAGUAAUAAAGGGGACCAGUGCUCCAAAAUUGAGUCUCAUGAAUCAGAGCCCAAAUUUAACCUGAUGCAGAUCCUGCAAGAUAAUGGCAAUCUCAGCAAAGUGCAGGCCCGGGUAGCAUUCUCUGCCUAUCUCCAGCAUGUUCAGAUUCGCUUGAUGAAAGACAGCGGAGGGCAAACCUUCAGCGCCAGUUGGGCUGCCAAAGAGGAUGAACAGAUGGAGCUAGUGGUCCGUUUUCUCAAACGAGCAUCAAGUAACCUCCAGCACUCACUGAAGAUGGUAUUACCCAGUCGACGAUUAGCACUUCUGGAACGCAGAAGAAUUCUGGCCCACCAACUGGGUGACUUUAUCAUUGUGUAUAAUAAGGAAACAGAACAAAUGGCUGAAAAGAAAUUGAAGAAGAAGCUUGAGGAAGAAGAAGAGGAUGGAGUAAAUUCGGAAAACUUUCAGGAGUUCAUCAGACGAGCAAGUGAGGCUGAACUGGAGGAGGUAUUGACUUUUUAUACCCAAAAAAACAAGUCUGCAAGUGUCUUCUUGGGGACUCACUCAAAAAGUUCAAAAAACAGCAGCAGCUACUCUGAUAGUGGGGCAAAGGGUGAUCAUCCUGAGACGAUGGAAGAAGUUAAAAUAAAACAGCCUAGACAACACCAGGCAACAGAAAUUCACUCUGAUAAAUUAUCUCGAUUUACCACUUCAGCAGAAAAAGAGGCUAAAUUAGUCUAUACAAAUUCUUCCUCUGCUUCUUUCUCUGGUCCUGCUGCUGUACUUCUGCAGAAAAUUCCCAACACCCAUUUGUCGUCUAUUAUUUCAACCUCUGACCUCUCCCCAGGGCCUGGCCACCAUUCUUCUUUAUCUCAGAUUCCUCCAGUUAUUCCCAGCAUGCCUCACCAGCCAACAGUUUUACUGAACACGGUCCCUGACAGUGCUUCUCCCUCCAUACAUCUUGGGACACAGAACGUACCAAGCCCCGCUGGCCUGCCACGCUGUCGAUCAGGCAGUUACACCAUUGGCCCCUUUUCCUCUUACCAAAGUGCUGUACACAUCUAUAGCCAGAAACUGUCUCGUCCCUCUUCAGCAAAGGCAGCAGGUUCAUGCCACCUAAACAAGCCACAUUCAGGAGUAGCCAAAACACAAAAGGAAGGAGAAGAUGGACCUUUGUACAGCAGACGGUACAACCCGACUAUGGUGACUGCUGAGCUGCAGCGGCUAGCCGAGAAGCAGGCGGCGAGGCAGUAUUCGCCAUCCACUCACAUCAGUCUCCUCACCCAGCAGGUAACAAACCUGAAUUUGACAAGUGGCGUCAUAAACAGAAGCAGUGCUUCCACUCCCCCCACCCUGCGGCCUGUCAUCAGUCCCAGCGGCCCCACAUGGGCAAUUCAGUCAGACCCCCAAGCUCCUGAGAGCCACUCCAGCCCUCCUGGAAGCAGGAGCCUCCAAACAGGUGGCUUUGCCUGGGAGGGUGAAGUAGAGAACAACGCGUAUAGCAAGGCUACAGGGGUGGUCCCCCAGCAUAAAUAUCACCCCACUGCAGGCAGUUACCAACUCCAUUUUGCCCUGCAGCAACUUGAACAACAAAAACUUCAGUCCAGACAACUUCUGGAUCAGAGUCGAGCCCGGCACCAGGCAAUCUUUGGCAGCCAGACACUACCUAACUCCAACUUAUGGACAGUUCAUAAUGGUGCAGCCUGCAGAAUUUCAAGCGCUGUAGCCAGUGGCCAGAAGUCAACCAGUCUUCCACAAAAAGUGGUCCCGCCUCCAAGUUCUUCCUCCCUGGUCCCUAAGCCCCCGAAACAAGUCCUCCGAAAGGCAACAUCCCAGAGGGCUUCUAAAGGGUCCUCCACAGAAGGGCAGCUGAAUGGACUCCAGAGCAGCCUUAACUCUGCAGCCUUUGUGCCCAUCACCAGCGUGACAGACCCUGCCCAUACUAAAAGAUGAAUCACAAGCCCAAGGAGGAAGAACCUGUUCACUGCUCCUGCCACUCCUGGGCGUGUGACUGAGGGGAAGCACCCACCAGCGCUGCAGGGGUCCAGAGUAUUUUUGGCUGCCUCAGUCCCCAAUGCCUUCAAGCAGAAGUGGCAGCAGAUCGUUGCCCAUCAGCCAGUCCACAGGAAACACAUCAGCUGGGUUUUGGUGGAACUUGGAUGGCAGCGGGGACAUUUACCAGAUGCAUUAUAUACCCUGUCAGACGCAUGUGUAUCUUUUACCUGUUACCCGCCCCAACCCGCUUAGGUCCUCUGUCCCUCUCCUGCUACCACACAGAGAUGAUAUAAAAGAGGCUCUUUGGCUAUUUGCAUCUGCUUCCUCUUCUUUUCCAGGAUUGAGCUUUAUUUUCUACAAGCCUAAAAUCCCAACCAUAUUAUCUACCAACGCUGUUCUUUUUCAGAGGUCUGGGGGAAGAGGCUCACGGGGCUCACAGGUUUCCCAGAGAGUGGAGGAAAGUCGUGUGCCAUUGCCCACAUGAGCCAUGGUAAAGACACCCUUUGGAAUUACUGAUUUCUAAAAUUAAUAAAUCAUUGUAUUUUUCUUUUCUUUUUUUUCCCCCAUUUACUAAUUUCCCAACAAUCAGUAUUCACAAACAAGAAAUGGGAGCAACUCCUCGUUUUAUUUCAUUGCUGGGCAAUUUUUUAACCUUCAUUUUAGAAAUGUGAGCUCUAAAGAGAUGUUUGCUUCUUACAUUUUGUUUCAGCAGAUGGUAGGUUCAGGCUGUUCCCAAGACUUGCUCCCACACCAGGGAAGCUGGUAGGUGCAGUGUCUUGCUGUCAGACCACAGGGCACGGGAAUCCUCAUCUAGCUGCAGUGGUUAUGUGAACAGCCCCUAGCUUUCUCCUUGACCCUUCGCUCUCUCACUCCCUCAUUUUUCCGAGGUCCUCUCUCUGGCUUCUGCUGGAGAAAAGGUUGCAAGGGGCCGCAGAGCACACUCAAGUAUUGCCCUAGCUGUCCUGGGGAGUUGUUGGGUAAGAAUCCAGAAGCUAGGAUUUCUACAAGGUUCUGCAGACUCAGCAUUAAAAUCUCAAAAGAAAGAUGACACCCAAAAAGGUAGGGAGGAAAGGGACUUUAUUCUCCCUGGUAGUGGCUGAAAACAAAGGUUGGAGCCAUUGAAGGAAUGUGUUUGCUCAUGAAGGACAAAGUAUAUUGGAUGAAGGAGAGAAGACAGAAUGUAUCCCAGAUGUUCCUGGAACUUCUGGCUAGUAGUUUGCUAACUUGGUUGUGAAUUGGUUAGGAGACAAAUUAGAAUUCCUUCAUAGUCCCCUGUUGAUAUACUGAAUUGAGAAAUAAAGCGUUGGGGAGAAUCACUAUACGGAUCUUGUGAAAAAGGGGGAGAAGGUAUGAGCCCAGCAAAAGUAUUUUGGCCAUCUAGAAUGCUUGGAAUAGCCUGUGGUAACUAGUCAAAAUUGAUCCCGCAAGCCAAUUUCUUAUUUUGUUUAUCAUGUGCUACCCAGGUAGAAGACCAGACUGGAACUCUCCCCUGCCUUUCCCCAAGUCCUCUCAAGUCCUUUUACUACUACCAGCUUCUCUUAUUAUAAACAUCAUAUAGCCCCUCCAACAGCAGUGCCCCCCAAAGCAAGAGUGUAAUUUUGAAGAUGGACAGACAGUGGUUGAGGUUUCUGUAGUGCCAGCCGGUGGCACAGUAACUGGAAGGAGAAGGCCGGACCUGCCGCCUGCCCGUAUUUGUAUCUGCUGGUAAGAUUAGAACGCGGACAUAAAACAAACAGUU